AUGUCUGCAAACACAACGACCAUAACAGCUUAUCCUGUCUGCCCCGCAAGUUGUAGGGACCCUGAUGCCUGGAAAGGCCAACUUGUCAGUGGCUUCUGUGGCCUGAUUGCGCUGGCUUUGAUCAUAGGGGCUGUGAUUUGGAUCGUCCGAUACAUGGGUAGGUUUCAUGCCCGACAAGCCCGGCUCAAGCACCCCCAGAGCCUGAUCAACGAGGAGUAUCUCGAGGAGAGAAAGGAAGCAAAGAAGAAGGAGAAGAAGGCAGAGGAGGAGGAGGAGGAGGAGGAGGAGGAGGAGGAGGAGGAGGAGGAGGAGGAGGAGGAGGAGGAGGAGGAGGAGGAGGAGGAGGAGGAGGAGGAGGAGGAGGAGAAGGACAAGAAGAAGGAACCUGCCACAAAAUCCACGGUCACGAAGAAAACCGACGCAGCUUUGCAAAUCAAGCUGGAUGCAAUCACAGAAUACGACCCCGGCGCUGCCAUCAUUUCCAACGUCAUCACAGCCCUGGGCAACACUCUCGUCGUCAUGGAGGUGAACGAAACAGUGUGGGAGUCUAAAGAAACCAAGGCCAAGCUGGAGAGAUACAACGUAUUCACCGCAGCCCACAACUAA